UGCAGUUGCAGCAGAGCAGAUGACAAUGGGGGAAAGAGGAGGAAAAAGAAGCCUCAAUCGUAACAGCCAUUUUUGGUUUUUUCGGUACUGUAAUCUCUUUGCUUCCAGCACGCAACCUCCGUGAGUGUACGAAGAGCAAUGGAUUAGAAGUGGGAGUUAGACUGCAGAGAUGUCUUCUUAUCAGUAGCGAAAGAACUCUCCUCUUCCUCCCUCGCAUUCGGUUCUCUUUCACUGUUUGUUGGACUCUAAGAUCAAGUCAGGCAGCUGCGCAAGGCGAACAACAACAGAUAUGCGAGGUUAGGGCGUUUCUUUCUUUCUCGAAUGCUUUCUUUCUCCAGAGAGUUCAAAGUUUGAAGGUAGCGGUCUUCCUGCUUCUUUCACAUCGCACGCGACAAGAUAAUCUGCUAAAAAUGUACUGGGCUAGGAUCAUGAGAUACAGUUUGUGCAAAGUUCGAAGAUAACUCUAAAUUCUACACUAGCAGAAGUUGCACUACAGGGAUGUCCAUCGAAGCACAAAAGACAAUGGCAUAUCGAGCAAAUGUAUCCAUUGCUCUCUUCAUCUGCUGUGUUUCCUUGCCCAGUGCAGUAUACAGCAGGGAUACAGAGAAACUCCUUGCUCUUAGGUCUUCAUUUAUUGGAGAGAAACACCUCAUUCCAAGCUGGUUUGAUGACAAAAGGACACCAUGCCAGUGGUUAGGUGUAAAAUGCAGUAAACAUGGAGAUGUGGAAAAAAUAGAUUUAUCUUCCACGGCUCUAAACCUUCCUAUCCCCAGCUGUAUCGGGCAAUUCAGUUUUCUAAUGCUUCUCAACUUGAGCAGCUGUGAUCUCUUUGGUCAAAUUCCAGAAACACUCGGGGAUCUGUGGAAUCUCCAGUAUUUGGAUCUAAGCAAUAAUCAGCUUUCUGGAGCUGUUCCUAUUUCACUUGCCAACUUGACGAAGCUAAUACAGUUAUUACUUAGUUCGAACAUGUUGCAUGGAAGCUUGGGCCCCAUCAUUAGGCAGUCCAAAGAUCUCAGAAUACUCGGUAUUUCUGGGAAUGCUUUCUCUGGAAGCCUCCCCAUGGAGUUGGGGAAUCUACAGAAGCUUGAGGUUCUAGAGUUUAGCAUGAACUCUUUUACUGGGAGUCUUCCAGAAAGCCUUGGGAAUCUGACCCAUCUCACAAACUUAGAUGGAAGCCAUAAUGGGCUAACCGGAACAAUAUUUUCUGACCCUAGUUCUCUUUUCAACCUCAAGACACUGGACCUCUCUUAUAACAGCUUUACAGGGCCUUUAAGUGCAGAUGUUGGAAAGUUGACAAGUUUAUUAUCUUUAUGGUUGGGUCCUAAUGGCUUCAAUGGCAGUAUUCCAGAGGAAAUUGGAAAUCUGGAACAGCUAGAAACCUUUUCAAUUCCAAGCUGCAAGUUCACAGGGAAAAUUCCGAGGGAGAUCUCCAAACUCAAGAACUUAAUAGACCUGGACAUAUCUGACAACUUCUUUGAAGGGGGGCUGCCUCCAGGUAUUGGGGAACUGACAAAUCUUAAUUAUCUUGUUGCAUCCCAUGCUGGACUCACUGGGAAGAUACCUGAGGAGUUGGGCAAUCUAAAGAAUCUGAUGAUACUGGAUCUCUCCUUCAAUCACUUGUAUGGUCCAUUGCCCGAUAGUUUAUCUGCGCUUGAAUCCAUCAACUCGUUCCUUGUCGAUGAUAACCAUUUGUUUGGACGAAUUCCUAGCUGGUUUUCAAAUUGGAGCAUGGCACGAUUUAUCAGUUUGGCGAAGAACGACUUCAGUGGGACUCUGCCUUCUUUAAGACUACAUUACUUGACCUCAUUCAUAGCUGAUGCAAACCAUUUGUCAGGGGAGAUCCCCACUGAUAUUUGUGAGGCUGAGCUGCUAUCUCAUUUUUCUCUUGCUGACAAUGAGCUCACAGGAAGCAUUGAGGAAACCUUCAGAGGAUGUUCAAACCUGACUGAUUUGAUCUUGAACCGGAACAAGUUCUUUGGACAGGUUCCAGCUUAUUUAUCCCAGUUACCUCUAGUUACCCUAGAGCUUUCACACAACAACUUCUCUGGCUUACUUCCCUCACAAUUGUUGCAAUCUAAAACCAUUGUUGAAAUCUAUCUAUCUGAAAAUCAGCUUGGUGGUAGGCUCCCAGAAAGCAGUGGGAGUUUAUCUCCUCUUCGGAGGUUGCAGCUUGACAACAAUUAUUUUGAAGGAGUCAUUCCAAAGUCAUUUGGCAAAUUAAGCAACUUAACUAAUUUGUCACUCCAUGGGAAUAAACUAUCUGGCGAGAUCCCUAUAGAUCUCUUCAACUGUACUAACCUGGUAGAGCUUGACAUUGGAUCAAAUAGAUUGACUGGAUCUAUUCCUAAGGCCAUAUCUCAGCUGAAGCUUCUAGGUGAUCUAGUGUUUUCCAACAACCUAAUAUCUGGUGAAAUACCUGAUGAAAUCUGCGUUGGGUUUCAGCAGGCGCAGCACUCAGAUUCUGAAUUCAAUCAGCAUUAUGGUGUCCUUGAUCUAUCUUAUAAUAAUCUGAAAGGCCAGAUCCCACAAACAAUGAAGAACUGUGUUGAAGUAAGAGAGCUACAGUUGCAAGGAAACAUGCUUGGUGGCACCAUCCCUUCUGAGCUUAAUGGCAUGCUGAACCUUGCUGUCCUUGAUCUUUCUUUCAAUGCUCUUUCAGGUACAUUAUUGUCUGCACAGCUCUCUUUAAGGAAUCUUCAGGGCCUACUUUUAUCAAACAACCAGCUUGAGGGUCCAAUUCCUGACAAUCUUGGCUUGAGAAUGCCAAGUUUAGUGAAACUUAACUUAUCAAGCAAUAGACUUUUUGGCCCUCUUCCUGAAUCUCUUUUUGUUAUCAAGAGUCUUACUCAUUUGGACAUUAGCCUAAAUUUUCUCUUUGGGUUCAUAUCAGUUUUCCAUUUCAUUGGCGGUGGAGUUAGUUCGCUUGUUAUAUUCAAUGCCAGCAAUAAUUUAUUCUCUGGUGCCAUACCAGAAUCUAUUUCAAACCUGACUUCUCUCGCAGUUCUCGAUCUUCAUAACAACAAUUUCAAUGGAAGCCUUCCAUCUUUAUUGUCCAGUCUCAAUUCUCUCACUUAUCUUGAUGUCUCCAACAAUAAUCUCCAGGAUGCCAUCCCAUGUAAGAUUUGCAGCAUAGUUGGGCUCUUAUUUGUGAAUUUCUCUGGCAAUAAAUUUGACAGUUUUGCACCAGAGAGCUGCAAAAUGGCUCAGGCAUGUGUUGGGAGUCACAGUAUUUUAAAGCCAUUGGCUGCGUACCCUUCUUCAAGAGCAUUUGGCCGAGCUUUAGUUUGGAGUAUUGUUGUUACCAUUACAUUUCUUUCUGUGCUCAUUUUUUUUGCUGUUUUCAAAUGGAGGAGACGAUACCAAAGGAAUUUGGCUAUCACUCCUGCCAAUAAGACCAAUUCAUCGGCUAUUGAGCCAGCAGCAUCCUCUGAGGAGCUUUUGAGCAAGCGAUUAAAAGAGCCGGUCAGCAUCAACAUUGCCACUUUUGAGCAUGCUUUGUUUCGCAUCACUCUUGCCGAUAUCACGAAAGCAACCAAUGACUUUAGUAAGUCUCAUAUCAUUGGUGAUGGUGGAUUUGGCACUGUCUAUAAGGCGUCUUUACCGGAGAAUCGGGUGGUUGCAAUCAAGAGGCUCAAUGGAGGGAGACACUUUCAGGGUGACAGGGAGUUCCUGGCUGAGAUGGAGACUAUUGGAAAGGUGAAGCACAGAAACCUUGUCCCGUUACUUGGGUACUGCGUCUUUGGUGAGGAGAGGUUUCUAAUCUAUGAGUACAUGGAAAAUGGGAGCUUGGAGCAAUGGUUUAGGAAACAGGCUGAUACUGAUGGAACUCUUGGUUGGUCAGUUAGGUUAAAGAUCUGCUUAGGUGCAGCUCGAGGACUAUCUUUCCUGCAUCAUGGUUUUGUCCCUCACAUCAUUCACCGGGACAUGAAAUCAAGCAACAUUCUACUUGAUCAAUACUUCGAGCCGAGGGUUGCUGACUUUGGCCUCGCACGUAUCAUCAGUGCCUGUGAGACUCAUGUAAGUACUGACCUUGCUGGGACCUUUGGGUACAUCCCACCAGAGUAUGGCUUAACAAUGAAGGCAACAGCGAAGGGCGAUGUUUACAGCUUUGGAGUUGUUUUGUUGGAGUUGUUGACAGGAAGAUCUCCGACUGGCCAGGAAGAAGAGAAGGGGGGAGGUAAUCUGGUGGAGUGGGUAAGGUGGAUGGAGGGCCGUGGAAUGGUUGAUGAGAUAUUUGACCCUUCUCUUUUGGCCUUCGACUUAUGGAAGGAGCAAAUGGUGCGAGUUCUAAAGGUAGCCAAGAUGUGUACCUCUGAUGAGCCAGCCAAAAGGCCAACAAUGGUUGAAGUUGUAAACCUUUUCAAGGAGAUUCAGAUGAUGGAUGGAUGCGAAUGAUACAAUUUUACGUAUGUUUCCAACUUAUCUUUUAAAUUUAUGUUGCACAACUUAAACAGCUUGGGCAAGUAACUGAAGAGGAUGGAAGGAAAGAUUUGUAGAAGAGCCCAAGGCAGCUCUAUCAAGUUUGAUCAGUGAUGAACUGAGAAUAGUGCUAGGAUGGUCUCAAGGUCAGUCUUUUUUUUUUUUUCUUCUCUUUGUUGAAAAUGACGAUGACUUGGAUCUGUGAAAUAUUUGUGCUUUUGGACCUAUUUUGUAUUCUGCACUUUGGUUUUUUAAG